CAUUGCAAGGUUUUAAUAUGACGGAAAGUUUAGAGUAUAGCACAUUUGAAGAGUUGUGCAAAUUUGUCACACCUAUAGCUCACCCGUUAGCUACUGAAAAAGUUAAUACCCGUAUUUUAAAACUUGUUAAAAAAGCUUAUAAAAUGAAGACAUUAAAAAUUGGAAUCAAAGCAGUUCAAAAAGCUAUAAGAAAAGGAGAACGAGGUAUUAUAAUAUUAGCUGGGGAUACAACUCCCAUUGACAUAAUAUCCCAUAUGCCUAUUUUAUGUGAAGAUAAAGAAUUGCCUUAUAUAUUUACUCCUUCAAAGAAUGAAUUAGGUGCAUCAUUUGGCAGUAAGAGAUCCACCUGUGCAGUCUUGAUAAAUAUGGAUUCAAAAUAUGCAAAGCUAUAUGAAAAAAUUGCAUUAAAUAUUAAAAAAAUACCAAUGCCUGAAUAAUUUUUUGAUUCUUCUAUGUAAUAAAAUCAAUAUAAAUACU